AUGACUAUUUCUAAGCGUUCUGUAGGAAUAACCUCUCUAAUUAUUUUAGUAGUUUUUCUGUUACCAACUAUCGCUAUUAUUAAGCCAAGCUUGUUUGAUGAAAUAGAAGUAGGUCCAGUAACUCUGCGUGGUGAAAAAUCAAUUAGCAUUGGAAGUGGAGUAUUUCUAAGUAUUCUUCUCAUUGUCGCUCUCUUUUUCGCUAUUAAGCACAGAUCUAGAAUUAAUGAUCUUUACUUAAGUUUACUUAAAUUUUGUGCUAAUAAACAAAAAGCUAAAUACUUUGCAAAAUUAAUAAAUUAG